AUGGCGUCUGAUAGAAAUUAUUCGGACCGUUAUGGUCACUCUCAGCAAGCCGGAUACUAUGAUGGCUAUGCCCACGAUCAGCAAGGUAGCAUGCAAAGCACACAGUCCGGAAACUUCUACCGUGGUCGUCACCCAUCUGGUGGAUACGGCUCAAACCAAUCUUAUCCAUCCCGCCAAUCUGGCUCAGACCAAUCUCAGUCAUCCUACUACCAUCAAUCCAGACGAUUUGAUCGCCAUGGCUAUGAUCAAGAUGAGCCUAGUUCAGACAAUCACAUUGACCAUCCGGAUUCUCCAGAUAACCCAGAGAUAGAUUUGCCUCCAGAGAAAGAGCCGUUUGGAUAUACAUCUUCAUCUCCCAAUGGUAAUGACUGUCGUGAACCUAUCGGAUAUCAAGUCCAUGAUAUCCCUACAGCUCAGCAUCUAGAGCUUGUCCCUGGUGGCAUUGCCCGGUCUCAUCAUUCCGGGAUACCGCCUCAUUCACAACGCCAGUCAUAUGAGAGCUCCGGCUUGGAUCUUCAGUCCAACCAAGAUAGCCACAGGCCCCCUCGUGGCCGCAAUCAUCAGAAAGACGAAAUGCAUCCUAUCACAGAGGACAACUUGGAUAGAGUUCAUGGCCCGAGAGAUAGCCUAGAUCCCAGCUUCAAGGUCCAGGGCAACCCCCGGAGAUUUUUCAAAGCUGGAAGAGUGUUUGCACUUCUCUGGCACCAAAAUCGCGGUCAGAACAAUAAUACGGCUGGUAGUAACACGGCUCCCAGCAAUUUCACGUCAUAUGGACUAUAUGGCCAGCCGAUCUACAGCUGUAUCAGAAGAAUGGUUGUCUUCAAAGAACGCAAUGGGUCUGCCUUAUGUUUUACCUACUCCAGACAGGGUGUGGGAAAGCACGGCGUCGAUCCUUCGAAGCAUUCAAUCAUCCACAUGGAAGGUGUUUCUCCCGAGAGAGGCCCGAAUGAACCUCUAAUGACCAAGGAUCCCAUCGCUGUUGUGCCAACGAAAGCCGACUGCAAAUUGGACAAAAUGUCACGUAUUGAUUUUGAAAAGAUUCAUAAUGUGGAGCAUAACCAGAGAGUUAUGCCAAUUGGAAAGAUUUCAGAGGGAUCAAUGCCUAAGUUCAUAGGCUACGCAAAGUCUGAACUGGCCAAAUAA